AAAACGCACCGGAAGUGGGUCCACGGCUUUCUUUCCGUCGCGGAGGGCAACGGUCGUAGACCAUUCCGGCGACCCUUGCAACGACUUCCCCACGGCUGCUGCGUCCACGUGGCGGUGGCGUGGGGACGCUCUGAAAGCUGAGCGGCGGGGCGCCCGGAAGUCGUGAGUCGAGUCUUCCCGGGCUAAUCCAUGCCGGGUUGGAGGCUGCUGACCCAGGUCGGCGCCCAGGUGCUGGGUCGAGUCGGGGACGGCCUGGGUGCUGCCUUUGGCCCGGGGAACAGAACACACAUCUGGCUUUUUGUUAGAAGUAUUCAUGGAAAGAGUGGUACGUGGUGGGAUGAGCAUCUUUCUGAAGAAAAUGUCCCAUUCAUUAAGCAGUUGGUCUCUGAUGAAGAUAAAGCCCAAUUAGCAAGUAAACUAUGUCCUCUGAAAGAUGAACCAUGGCCUAUACAUCCUUGGGAACCAGGUUCCUUUAGAGUUGGCCUUAUUGCCUUGAAACUGGGCAUGAUGCCUUUAUGGACCAAGGAUGGUGAAAAGCACGUGGUCACAUUACUUCAGGUACAAGACUGCCAUGUCCUAAAGUAUACUUCAAAGGAAAACCAUAAUGGAAAAACGGCAGCCCUGUCUGUAGGAGGAAAAACUGUAUCACGUUUUCGUAAAGCUACGCCCGUAUUGGAAUUUUACCGAGAACUUGGAUUGCCGCCAAAACAGACAGUUAAAAUCUUUAAUAUAACAGAUAAUGCUGCAAUUAAACCAGGCACUCCUCUUUAUGCUGCUCACUUUCGUCCAGGACAGUAUGUGGAUGUCACAGCCAAAACUAUUGGUAAAGGUUUUCAAGGAGUCAUGAAAAGAUGGGGAUUUAAAGGCCAGCCUGCUACGCAUGGUCAAACGAAAACCCACAGGAGACCUGGAGCUAUUUCAACUGGUGAUAUUGGCAGAGUCUGGCCUGGAACUAAAAUGCCUGGAAAAAUGGGAAACAUAUAUAGGACAGCGUUUGGACUGAAAGUGUGGAGAAUAAACACAAAGCACAACAUAAUCUAUGUAAAUGGCUCUGUACCUGGACAUAAAAAUUGCUUAGUAAAGGUCAGAGAUUCUAAACUACCUGCAUAUAAGGAUCUUGGUAAAAAUCUACCAUUCCCUACAUAUUUUCCUGAUGGAGAUGAAGAGGAACUGCCAGAAGAUUUGUAUGAUGAAAAUGUGUGUCAGCCUGGUGCACCUUCUAUUACAUUUGCCUAACAUCUUCGGAUGUGGCAGAACCUUACACAUUCUCUGAGCUUUGAUGAGCCAGAGUGAUAUAAUCACCACCAGAAAUCAUAUUCUCCCUUCUUAGUCACAACAAAAUCAAACAUGUCGUCUUUGUCAAGGGCAUAAAUACAUCAUUCAUACACCCAUUAAAUUUUGUUGGAAAAUUUGCCA